AUGUGGGGUUUGUGUGUGAUCUGUUGUAUAUGUUUUUGUGUUCUGGAGAUAAGGGCAGACAGAGGAAAGGAGAUAUUACCACCGAGGGAAAGCUCUAGCGGACACAAGGUACUACUAAAAAAAAGCGCAUGGAAUGGAACAGAAAAAGGAUUUUCUGCGAAAGAGCAGAACUUUUCAAAUGCACCAUCCAUUCUGCGAGAAGAAUCGGCAAAAAACAGUAGUACACAAGAAGAAUGGCCGAAUACAGAAAGUUCUUCAACUCCUAAGGAAUUGUUGUUUCUUGAUGCUCCUGGUAGUUCAACAAACAGUUAUCUAACAAAUGUGUCUAAGCUCAACAUAGCACUAAGUACAGCUCCAACAAACGUGUUGUCGACCAUUAAAACAGUGGCAUUAGAUCAUCUGAAAACUGAAGAACAAACAGCUGAUCCAUUAAGAGGAAAGACUAAAACUUUGGCAAUGGCGAUUAAAAUAUCAACGCAACCACCAAACGCAAUUAUUAAUGUCACAGAAAUCCCAACAUUCCAACCUAUGAAAACAUCUACUGAUCCCCCAGUGAAAACAGUAACCCCUGAUGCUAUUCAGAAAGUUUCUAAGAUCUUUGACAACUACAGGAAAAGAGCCAGUCAACUGGUUUCUUCUGCCAUGAAGCAGGUUUUACCAUCAUUAAUUCGAUACAGUUCCCAGGUUAAGUUAUCAAGUGGUUGCUCUACAAGUAUUUUUCAGAUCAUUUUAGGUUUACGAAAGUUAGAGGACUGGGCCUUAAAACUUUUAGACGCCUCUGGUAAGGUCCCUAGUGGUGUCCUACAUGGGACAAUCUCAGAACUGGGAGAUUAUGAAGAAUGUCAUGACAUCGUGGCGACGAACACUAGAGGUAGGGAGCUGUUUCAGGGGCAGUAUUGUUCUGCUUAUGUUCAGCCUCUUCAACCAGAUCACUUUGAGUACCAUGUCUACACAACCAACAAAUCGAAAGAAGCUGGUAUUCAUACUAUUCCAUACGAAGACAUACCGAUCAUGCCACCUGGUGCAGCACUUCUAGAUUUCUAUGCCAUCGAACUGUUGAAACAGGUGUUGGGAAACCAUUGUCCUUAA